GGGGGUGGGAGUGGAGCUGUUGAGGGGAGGCCGUUGACUAGGUUAAAGCCCACCCAGGACAGCCCGCUAAUAAGUAGGCUGACGGGGGAGCCGGAAGACAGCAGGGGGAGCCGGGAUCCCGGAGGCAGCCGAGAUCGUGCCGAAAGUCUCAGGCGCAGCCAUCUCAUUCCGCCUACCAUCCACCUGCCUGCUUCUGGGUCAAACUUGGAAACAUCGGUCAUGAUCACGCUUCUUGAAAGUGUCCAAAUGUGUGCUUUGAGAUUGACUCAGUUCAUCGAGAGUGACUCAUCACAGGAGCCCUCAGAAGAUUUUGCUCGGUCUCUCUGGGUUUUAUCAUGAUGAUCACAGUGGUGUAUGAUAACUCUGAGGCCACUGAACUCUGUGCAGCUCAACACCUCUACCUCAAGCCUAUCGCCAAAUUGAUGAUCAAGGUCUUGCUUCCAGAGAGCACUGAAAUUCUGAGACACUUUUCUAACUGGGAAAUUCUUGACCAGUUGAAGAGCUUGAUUUGUCCCGACCAGUUCACCACUGUUCGGCUCUCCAAGAGUACGAAGGACUUCAUUCGAUUCGAGGGGGAGGCUGAGACACUAAGUUUGGUACAGAUCCUCAAGGCUAAGUUACAUGGGAAAAUCAUCAAGCUAAGUGGUCUGAAAACAGAGUUAAAAGUUGUGGCUACAGACGCCCAAGGUGAGUGGGAACACUUCCCCAAGGACAAGGAGGCUUUAUCCAGUGAUGAGGGUGAAGACCAGGACCACAACACGAGCCCAGAUUCCAUCUAUUUCGAAGGUUUGCCCUGCAAGUGGUUUGCACCUAAAGGUUCCAGUGGGGAGAAGCCAUGUGAAGAGAUCCUCCGGGUGGUUUUUGAAAGUUUUGGGAAGAUCAAGAAUGUGGAUAUCCCUAUGCUUGACCCUUACAGAGAGGUAAUGACUGGUGAAAGCUUUGGAAGUUUCAGUUUGGGCUUGCAGACUUUUGAGGCUUUUGUCCAAUAUCAAGAAUCAACUGACUUUGUAAAAGCAAUGGAAUCUCUUCAUGGAAUGAAGCUGAUGCUGAAAGGAGAUGAUGGGAAAGCUCUGGCAUGUAAUAUUAAGGUUAUGUUUGAUACGACCAAACACUUCAGUGAAGGAGCAAUACAGAGGAGAAAUCAAGAAAGGUUAAAACUACAGGAGCUUGAGGAAGAAAGAAAAAAAGAAAAGAAGAGAGAAGAGGCAGAGGCUGAAAGAAAAAGAAAAGAGGAGAGGAAAGUCCUAGAAAAGAAGAAGAAGGCCAGGGUCCGGAAACGAGGCCUGGAAGAGAAGGAGAGAAACCGGCUGAGCAAAUCAGACAGAGCCAAAGCAGAGUCACCUCAGGAGCCCAACUCUUCUGAAGAGUGGGAGGAGAGGAAAUACCUGCUGACUCAGAGGCGGGUGGAGGCCUUUCGUUUGCUCCAGAUGCUCCUAAGAAAAAUUUCAGGAACGCUCUUUCCCAGUCCUCCUUUGGUCUUGGGAGCCACACAUCUUAAGUCACAAGAAGCCCAUUUUGCAGGUCCCAAGACCAAUAGUGCUCUUGGGCACACACUGGAAACUUGGGAGAAUAAAGAGUUACAUCUUCCAUAUCUUCCAAAGCAGAACAAAAUACCUAAAGACCAUGUUGCCAAAUUAGGCAAAAAACAGGAAAAGAAAAUAAUGGUUGAUGUACAUAAAUCUUCCCACCAAGUUGGGGGGAAAAGAGGAAGAUAUUCACCUCGCAAAGAGACAAUGAAAAACAUAGCAACUAACAGACGCAAUCACAAUUUUCUCACUGACCAAGAAUCACUGGAGAUUAAACUAAUUCACCAUAAUUUUCUUGAAGAAGAAGACCUUAAUAAAAUUUUAUUUGAGCAAGAUCAUAGCAAGAAAUUGAAGGUCUAUGAAACAGAUGAAUUUACUAACUAUCUAUUAAACCAUUAUCAAAGUCCAAGUUAUACCCGUAUCUGCCUUGAACCAAGUUAUACAGGUUAUCAGUGGAAGAGAGUUGUCUACAGCACAAAAGAUGGAUUUCAAAUUAAUUUGAAUAAGUUUGAUUCUUAUUCAACCAAUUGCAGAUCAGUGCAAAAUGUGCAAGGAGAAAAACAAGUUCAAAAGUUUGAUUCAGAAAUAAAGAGUUCGACUCAGAGUCCUGUGCAUACACUACAGAAAAGAGGAAAAUGGGGACAUUCUAAAGAAAGUGCUGUGGGGUUUCAUUACAAAGAAACAGAUAAUGAAGCUGAUCGUCUUUUGCCCCUAACCAAGGAGAAAGGCCAUCUUUUGGAAAAGCCCCGUGCCAAUGAAGUAAAAAAAUUCAGAUCCAUAAAAGAAAGCCCUGUUUCUUUAAGGAGCAGACCAACAAACAUAAACUUUGAAUUGAAAGAUUUCCUUGAAGAAAUUAGUAGUGAUUCUGAAUACUUUAGUGAAAAAGAAGAGAAGAAGGGGAGUUACAAGGGCAAUUACCAGAGUUCCCCCAAAAAGAACUUUCCUGAUAUUAAUAAAUUCAACCCUCACUAUCAAGAAAAGAGGUCAAAUCAGAGGUAUUAUUCAGAGAGGAAGUAUGAUUGUGAAGAACCUGUGGGACACAAUUUUAGACAACCAGUCAGGAGGGUUAAUUAUAAAAUGGCACAAACACGGCGUGACAAUGCUAAGUAUUUCAAGAGAAGUGGAGUUUACAAAUUCAGAAAGAGAGUAAUGCCAGUCAUUAACUACAUGUUUUAUGAAGUUAACUGCUGGGAAUACAGUUCCAGUAAUUUAUUUCAUGGCAACACAAGGGAAAGGAGGAGAUCUCAAGUUAACACAUGUAACCAAUACAUGACACACAAACUCCCAUACAUGUCGAAAACAUCAUACAGAUGUGCUAAUGGUUUCUAUAUGGGAAAUUUCCCUGAAAGAAAAGCGAUUCCAUGGCAGUCAGAAUAUAACAAGGAUGUAAGGUUUCAACAGUCUGUGAAUCCUAAUUAUAUGCUGAAUGAUGAUUGUAAUGUUCAAUAUAACAGUGAUAGCUACACUGACAAUAGAAACGACUACAACAGAUCAUUUUACUUAAAAAAUGUUUAGAAUAUCUCAGCAGGAAGAACAAAUAACUUUUAAGAACAUGUAAAACAAAAUAUAGUUGCAAAGUUAUAUAGCAACAAAAAAAACCAGAGAGAGACAAUUAAAUGUUUGGGCAACAUCAAAUGCAAAACAUUACUUCUCUUGCCAAACUAUAGUGUAUAGAUUAAAAUAGAUUGUGGGUCUGUUGGCAAGCUUUGAAAAUAAAAACUAUGCCAAUUCUGAAUCUUGGUAAAUUUAGUGCUUGCAAAUGUGUUUAUCUAAGAUCUGACACUUUUACAGUUGAACUGCAAUGUUUAUUUGGUGCCGGAGAAGGGGCCAAUUCGCAUUGAGAGGAGUUGAGCUACCUUCAAUGACUCAUUAGCUGUCUUGAUGUCAUCUGGUAUAAUUUAUUUUCAAACAGGGUAGCAAUGAGAAGCUUUUUACAUGUAUGUUUAUUCAAUCAGAAAUACUGUUCAGGGGCUGGAGUGAUAGCACAGCGGGUAGGGCGUUUGCCUUGCACGCGGCCGACCCGGAUUCAAAUCCCAGCAUCCCAUAUGGUUCCCUGAGCACUGCCAGGAGUAAUUCCUGAGUGCAGAGCCAGGAGUAACCCCUGUGCAUCGCCGGGUGUGACCCAAAAAGCAAAAAAAAAAAAAAAAGAAAUACUGUUCAGCACCAAACUUGCUUGUUAUCUAGAAACAUAAGUAAAUAGAAAGCAACAACAACACACGAGACUUCUUCAUGAUGUUAGAAUAUGAACAUCCACCACAAGAAAACAGAAUAUUAUUAAUACAUUAGCAAUACUCAAAAUUGACAUUUAAGAGACAAAGUUUUAGAAUAAGAAUCUAAAAGAAAUCAAAAUUUAUUUGGGUAGUGGACAAUUAGCACCAUUUUAAAAGAACACCAUGCCAUUCCAUCAUAGAAAAGCAACAAUAUUAAAGUGGAAUAACUGCAAGAUUUGCAAAAGAAAUUGUCAAAAGAUUCUGGCUACCGAUAAGGACUGGUUAUAUGAUCCUUUCACUUGGAGUUGGAUAACAUCAGUUUGUAAAAAGCUAUUGUCUGUCCCCAAUUUUGUAUUUGGACUUUUACAAAACUGGAAUAAGUGCUGCCUGAAUCCUUAAUGUCAUGGAGUUUAGAGUGGAGGGCAAAGCCCACAUUUUUCUAGCUAGACAAAUGCUAUGUCUACAGGAUUUGUAAUAUAACAUAAGCACUGUACCUUUUUAUCUGCCCUUGGACCUCUUGAACAGGUUUAUUAAUGAAGAUAUUUUAUAGCCUUAUACAGCCCUACAUUUUGAUGCAUAUCCCACUGGAUAUGGCCUUAUGAUGGGGAUUUCAGGUGAAGGAAGUGUCCUUUUUCUCCCCCCAAUGAAGUUCUAAUACCUGUCAAUUGCAGACAUCUAUGAGAAUAGAUUGCCUGCUACAGGAUAAAGUGUUUUUAAUCCACAGAAGUAGGUAGGAGAAGCAGCCCUUUCAUAAAACAUAAUUUCUUUCAAGCCAUCUUAACUUGCUAUUUUGUAUAAGAGUGUUGGUGGCUAGAGCCAAUGUAAACUGCCAGUUGGUAGGUUGCCUGCAAUGACAAGAUAUGUCGCAUGCUCAGAACCAGCCUCUUGAGUAAUGUGGUAUCUGAAGGGGCUACAAAUUUGUGAGUGACAAAUCAUUUCACUGAUCUAAUCUAAGCAAAGUAUACCAAUAUGUAUCUGCAAAGGUUUAGUAAAUGAAAGUACUGUAGCAGAUUAUUUAUUUUAUGGCAACCAUGAAUAACCUGUUGAGUUUCUUAUAUUCGAGUCUGCUACCAAGCCAGUGACUUGAGUUUGGCUGGGCAAAUCUAAAGUUGCUCACAGGGAGAGUGCCUUUUCUCCUCAGUUGACUCACAUUGUUUACUCAUGUCUAAAGUACUGUCAUCCAGGGUGGUCUUGUUAACUACUAACGUUAAGCUAGCUGAGAUCUCCCGAUCUCCCCAGAGAAAUCAUGUAAAGUUACAAUGCAACACUAACAGCUUGUAUUUUGCCAACUUAUGGUAACUCCAUCUUAUUCUCCAAUGAGACCCUCCUUAUUGUCUUGCAUUCCAUGUUAGUGAACAACAGAAAGUUAUGGGUUUGUCGUAGAAGGCGAAAAUGCUGGUUUGAAAAAAUCAAUGUCAAUUUAUUCUGUAAUUUUAUCAUUUUUAUUUACAUAGUUUUAGGGAUGUGAAAUACUUUUGAUGCCCAAUAACUGGUGAUACAAAAAAUAAAUUGCAGAAUACAGCAUGUGAAAUUUUUUGUGUGUAAUAAAAAUGGUGUUAAGUCAUUUCUAUGUAACAUUUUCUCUUUUGUUUACUGAAUACUGUCUUGGGGCUGAUCAAAAGUAAAAUUAUGUGUUCUGUGUUUACUUUCUGUAUAAUCUUAGAUUUUUAUAAGUCUUGUGGUAAUGCAGUCCAGAUUUGUGUAAACUUUCUUUGUGUAUACCUUGGAAGAACAGUUUAUCUUCUAUUUUUUAAUUUGGCUCAGUAAGAAAGUGAGCUAGAAGCAAAAAUAUCAUAGUCACAGUCUAUUAAUCAAUAUUACUAUUCUUUGUCAUGCUGUUAAGUAUUUCCCAUCUUUUUUUCUGUUCCUAUUAAAAAGAGCUUCAACUUUAAACUCUGUCUUUUAAAAGAAGUGUUUCUGUUUAGGGGAUAUGUAUACUGCUUCACUAAUAUUGCUUUAAUAAAUUAAA